AUGAAAGGUUCCAAGGGAAGAACUGAUUUCAAUCAGAGGAAGAACUUCAAUGCUGUGUCUCAAUCUUCUGGAUCUGGUUUGUUUCACGAAACUGGUGAUGUUACAAGAGGAUUUAGCGAUAGGCUGGAUUACUUAUUGGUGAAUGGUAUUGGUUCCAAUGUGAAGGUGACUACUACGGCUGGUAUCCAGUAUGAAGGUGUCUUGGCAGCUGCGAAUACCGAGUCCACAAAUGGUAUUGAUGUUGUACUAAAGCAUGCAAAGGUCAUUGAUAAUGGUAUGGUCAAAGAUAUUGAUGCAUUGGCUAAAAGCAUUGAAGACACGCUUUUGAUCCAAGGUGAAGAUGUUGCAGAAGUUGACUUGAAAAGUAUUGAUUUUAGUCUGGAUGAGAAAUGGGAAGCAGCUCAGCAGCAACUCGAAGAAAAGAAGGCAGCUGCUGUUGAAGCUGAAGCCGCAAAGAAAGCUGCUAGUCCACCAUCUAGAUCCACUUCCAAUACACCUGCUGAAGGUAAAACUGGAUUUAGAACCGAUGUUGACAUUUCUCGCGCUAACAAGGACAUUAGGGAGCGUGAAUUACAGAAAUGGACACCAGAUACAGACUCAGCCUUCAAUGUCGAUACUGUUGCUUUGGAAGAUAGCAAUGAGAAAUGGGAUCAAUUUGCAGUUAAUGAGAAAAAGUUUGGUAUCAAGUCUUCUUUCGAUGAACAUUUCUACACAACUAAAAUAAACAAAGAUGAUCCAAACUAUGCCGAAAGAUUGAAGGAAGCGGAAAGAAUAGCUAAAGAAAUUGAAUCUCAAGAUGCUUCUGGUAAUGUUCAUUUAGCCGAAGACCGUGGUAUUGCCAUUGAUGAUUCAGGUAUGGAUGAGGAAGAUUUAUACUCUGGUGUCGACAGAAGAGGUGAUGAGCUAUUGGCAUCCUUGAAAUCAAAUGCCAAGCCAGCAGCACCGAAGCCAAAGAAAUAUGUUCCUCCAACAUUGAGAAACCAGCCGCACCACAUGGAUCCUGCUAUUAUUUCUUCUACUGGCACCAAGGCUGUUUCACCCGUUACCAAGCAUAGCGCAGGUUUACCAAGAAAGGAACACAGACACAAGAAAGUACCAAACUCAAAAGAAGCUCAAAUUGAGGAAUUGAGAAAAUUCUCUGAGAAGUUUAAGGUACCAUAUGAUAUGCCCAAAGAUAUGCCAACAUCUUCAAAAAGCACCAGUUCUUCAGAAAGUGCUGCUACAGAAGCUUCGGUUGACACACCAAACACUACAACUCAAUCUCAACCUCAAGCCACUGUUAACAGCGGUUCUAACCUAAAGUCUGACCCAAGUUUGCCUCCAAAGCCAGUCAACAAAUCCUCCAGUACCAAGUCGUCAGUUCCUCCAACACCUUCAACUGCUAAGGGUGAGUUGAAGAAAAGUUCCUCCUCUACAUCUGGUGCUUCACCAUCCUCUGCAACAUCACCUCAAGCCACUGCGCAUGGAGUCUCGCCAGCAGGUGGAAGAGCAAGUGUGUCAUCGAGAAGACGCAAUGCUGGCUCGUUCUUUGGCUCCAAAAAGCUACAAUCCAAAGACAAUGUGAGAAAGGCAUUUGCUACUAGUUUCAACAUGUUCCUAAGGUCGAAGGAAGCGCAUGACCAGAAGGUUGCUGAACAUGCUGCUUCUUCUUCUGAUGAGAAGAAGCAUGAGAAGUCACCAGCUGUUACUGAGCAAUUCUUUAUUGAAAAGCCUUAUUUCACAGCCCCAACUUGGGCAAGCACUGUUGAAAAGUCUUUCAAGGAAUUUUUCCCAGACGAGAGGAAGGCACUGCAGAAGGCCCAAUCAAGACUACAAAAGAGACAAAUGAACGCAAUGAAUGCAGGCAUGAUGGGUUCCCAUGCACCAGGAGUUAUGAACCCUCAUAUGGGAGUUAUGGGCGGCAUGGGAGGUCGUGGCAACAUGUCAAACUUUGCAAUGGCUCCAAUGUCAGGUUCAGGUGCUAACCCAGCAAUGAUGAACAGCUUUGGUGGUAUGUACAUGCCAUUCCAACCUCAGCCGGUAUUUUAUCCGGGUAUGGUUCCAAUGAUGGGUACCUCUACCAGUGCUAAUACUGGAAGAGGCAAUGCCGGAGCUCACUCUGAUGAGAGUGCUGUCCCAAGUGGCAGCAUGUCUCCGCAAGCGAUGUCACCUCAUAUACCACCAGCUUAUAUGGCUGGUGCCCCAAUGGCCUACCCAGCACCACCAGGUGCUGCUCCAUUCCACGGAAUGAUGGGUGGUAUGCCUGAUAGAAGCCACGGUAACUACUAUCACAAUAACCACGGCCACAGAAACAACCACCAUCACUACCACUCUAAGCAGUAUAACUGA